AGGAGCUGUGGUACCUGCUGCUGCCCGAGCGGACGCAGAGCAUCGGACGCGGGCGCCGUCGCGUGGGGCAGGAAGGCGAAGCCAUGACGUCCGGCAGUGAAAAUAUUCUCUUUGGAAUGGGAAAUCCUCUUCUUGACAUCUCUGCUGCAGUAGACAAAGAUUUCCUGGAUAAGUAUUCUUUGAAACCAAAUGACCAAAUCUUGGCUGAAGAUAAGCACAAGGAACUGUUUGAUGAACUUGUAAAAAAAUUCAAAGUCGAAUAUCAUGCUGGUGGCUCUACCCAGAAUUCGAUGAAAGUGGCUCAGUGGAUGAUCCAGCAGCCACACAAAGCAGCAACAUUUUUUGGAUGUAUUGGAAUAGAUAAAUUUGGUGAAAUCUUGAAGAGAAAAGCCGCUGAAGCCCAUGUGGAUGCUCAUUACUAUGAGCAGAAUGAGCAGCCAACAGGAACUUGUGCUGCGUGCAUCACUGGUGACAACAGGUCCCUUGUAGCUAAUCUUGCUGCUGCCAAUUGUUAUAAAAAGGAAAAACAUCUUGAUCUGGAGAAAAACUGGAUAUUGGUAGAAAAAGCAAGAGUUUGUUAUAUAGCAGGCUUUUUUCUUACGGUUUCCCCAGAGUCAGUAUUAAAAGUGGCUCACUAUGCUUCUGAAAACAAUAGAAUUUUCAGUUUAAAUCUAUCUGCACCAUUUAUUAGCCAGUUCUACAAGGAACCAUUGAUGAAAGUUAUGCCUUAUGUCGACGUACUUUUUGGAAAUGAGACGGAAGCUGCCACUUUUGCUAGAGAGCAAGGCUUUGAGACUGAAGACAUUAAAGAGAUAGCCAAAAAGGCACAAGCCCUGCCAAAGAUGAACUCAAAGAGGCAGCGGGUCGUGGUCUUCACCCAAGGGAGAUAUGACACUAUAAUGGCUACAGGAAGUGAAGUCACUGCUUUUGCUGUUUUGGAUCAAAACCAGGAAGAAAUUAUUGACACCAAUGGAGCUGGAGAUGCAUUUGUUGGAGGUUUUCUGUCACAGCUGGUCUCUGACAAGCCUCUGACUGAAUGCAUCCGUGCCGGCCACUAUGCAGCAAGCAUCAUAAUUAGGCGGACUGGCUGCACCUUUCCGGAGAAGCCAGACUUUCACUGAUGGAAGAGCAAAAAGCCCAAGCCCAAGGACACUGUCCUGAUUGCUUUCUGAGAAUUUCCAUAUUAUUAGAGAAGAAACUAUCUGCCUUGUUUUCCUGCUGUAAUAAUGUUCAUUCUUAAUUUAGUGGGUACAGUAAUGCUCAUAAAAUCUUUAUGCUCUCGACAACCUAAAAAAUGAUGUCUGUUUCCAUAGUUUGAUAGUGUUACUUAAAUGUCAAU